ACAUCGAUGUUCCUCCACCUCUAGCAUUUGAGGAAAAGAUUUUCUUCAAUCUAUAAAAAAAUUGUAUUUUGUUGCUGUGUUAAAUCAAUAUAGCAGGCAAGUGCAUGCUGAGCUUGAUUUAAGUGCAAUUACUGCGAUUAAAUCCACCACUGGAUGGAUUAAUAAAAACGACGCAGGCAAAAGGUAAUAAAAAUUAAAUUAAACAAAAAUGACCCAAUAUCUGCCGCCAAACCUAUUGGCGUUAUUCGCCGCACGCGAUCCCAUACCGUUUAUGCCACCGGUGGACAAGUUGCCACAUGAAAAGAAAUCACGCGGCUACUUAGGCGUCGCCAAAUUUAUGAGCGACUUCGAAGACCCCAAAGACACACCGCUGCCUAAAACGGUGGAGACGCGUCAGGAGCGAUUGGAACGGCGGCGACGCGAGAAAGCCGAACAGGUGGCCUACAAACUGGAACGUGAGAUUGCUCUGUGGGAUCCCACAGAAAUAAAGAACGCCACAGUGGAUCCAUUUCGUACGCUGUUCAUAGCGCGCAUUAAUUAUGACACCUCCGAGUCAAAGCUGCGGCGUGAAUUCGAGUUCUACGGCCCGAUCAAGAAGAUUGUGCUCAUCCAUGACCAGGACUCAGGUAAACCCAAGGGAUAUGCUUUCAUUGAGUACGAGCACGAGCGUGACAUGCACGCGGCGUAUAAACACGCCGAUGGUAAGAAGAUUGACAGCAAGCGUGUCCUAGUGGACGUGGAACGCGCUCGCACCGUCAAGGGUUGGCUGCCGCGACGACUGGGAGGCGGCCUUGGUGGCACAAGACGCGGUGGCAACGAUGUCAACAUUAAGCACUCUGGUCGCGAGGACAAUGAACGCGAGCGUGAACGCUAUCGUUUGGAGCGUGAACGCGAGGAUCGCGAAGGCGGCGCACGCAGUGGAGGCGGCGGCAGCAAUGGCCUCGAUUCGCGCAGCGGACGCUCUGCCUAUGGCGCAUCAUCGGGUGGAGCGUUGGGCGGCGGUGAAAGGCGUCGCUCGCGCUCUCGUGAUCGCCGGGAUCGUGAUCGUGAGCGUGGUGGUCGUGGUGGCGUUGGACGCUCACGCAGUCGUUCGCGAGAGCGGCGAAAACGUCGCGCCGGCAGUCGAGAGCGUGAUUAUGACGAUUUCGAUGGACGACGCGAUCGGCGUGAUCGAGAUCGUGAUCGUGAGCGGGAGCGUGAAAAGGAAAAGAAGCGUUCCAAGUCACGGGAACGCGAAUCAUCGCGUGAGCGUCGCGAUCGCAAGCGUGAGCGUCGUGAUCGUGAGCGCAGCGGUGCUGAACGCAGCGGCGGCGGCGAUCGUGAUGUUAAGGAGCGCAAACCCGAUUUCCGUGAUAUGGAUAUGAUUAAGAUCAAAGAGGAGCCCAUUGAUGAUGGUUAUCCCACAUACUCCAUGAACGACUAUCAAAACACGGCCAUCAAGCGUGAGUUAGACGAUGAGAACGAGGAGAAGUAUCGACCACCGCCACCGUCGGGUGCACAUCACAACAUGUUCAGUGUGCCCCCACCCCCGAUACUUGCACGCAGCAAUAGCAACAGCAAUAACAACAACUCUGAUAAUGGCAACUCUCAAAAUGCCGGCGGUGAUCAGACAUGGUGGCGUCAAUAAAUGGAUAAAUUUGUCGGCGAUGCACAUUUGGCUGGCUGGCUGGUAAUCGAUAAAGAUAACAAUUUUUCAGAGCAUAACAAUUCUACUGCAUAGGUAAUAAUUAACUAUUAGAGCUGCGUAACGAUCGUAACCGGGGGCAACCAACGAUUGUUUUUAAAAAUAUUUAUUCAAAUUGUAAUUCAUAGCGAAUCAGACGACGGCAUUUUCGGAAACUCAAAACACACACGUAAGGCAAUGCGUAAGCUAUUAAAUGCUGUAAGUUCGAUUUCCAAAAACAAAAACUGAGGAGCGCUUUUUUCAAAUUUUUUUCUUAACUUGUAUAAUGCAUAUACAAACAACAAAAAAAAAACGUAAAACACAAAAACAUAACAAGACACAAACAACAACAACAAGAAAAUAAUUGUGCAUAGCUUAAAAUACGUUUAAAGAACAUAUGUAAGUAAAAGAGAAAAUUCUUUACAAUUGAAAAAAUGAAGAGUAAGUAAAAAUAAAUCCAGAUCAACAUGUGUGUUUGUUUCCCCACCUUUGGUAAGGGGGUAAAAGGGAAUAUCCCGGAUCCACAGGGCUGCAACAGCGAAAACCAAUGUAAUAAUUAUUUUACACACAAAAAAAAACUUUAAAACUACUUUAAAGCCUUGCACUAACUCGUGCCAUUUUCUUUUCUUUAUCUUUUUGCAGUUUGCAAUAAUGAAACUCUUAAUAACUCUCGAGCAUAAGUAUACACAAACAGUAAUCUGUAAUUAUUAGUUCCGCCAAGCGAGAAAAGCCAAAUUCCUAGAGUCCUCAAAUUCUCCUUGACCCAAUUUAGAACAAACAACUCAGGUAAUUUCUUCGUUACACAAAUCUCACUAACCUUCUAUGCCUGUUUACCGUUCUAGGCCAACACUAGUAACGUGGUGAUGGCUCCCUGGUACGCCCAGAGCUCAGCUUAUUUAAAAUUGGUAAAUCAUACAUGUCACAUAUACAUAGCUCUAUUUGAGUGUAAGUUCCUAAUCUCGAGCUAUUCCAAAAAUUUCCGAAAACUGUUAACUGAAGAGAUUGUAAGUUGUUGUCGUGGGUUUGUUUUGGUAAGAUAUUGUUCACCAACAAAAGCGAGUUGUUCCAGUACCGAUAAAUCGAAGGAAUAUCUACAUAUGUAUAUUCUUUUGUAUUCUUUGAUGGUAUAAUGGUGAGGAAAUGGUUAUAAUCCAGGUUCAUAUUGUUGUGUGUAAUCAAUUAUUGGAUUUCGAUCUUUUUAAGUGCGUUUGGUGAUCACACCGUGGAAUACUAAAUUCCCCAAAUUAACAAAAAAGAAACAUGGUUAAGGUUUGUUCUUGGUUCUUUUUGUCGUUUGGCGCCUAUGAGUCUGGUAAGGGUCCCGAUUUAGGGUUAUUUUAAAGUGUGUGUGUAUGUUGCAAUGGCUCUUGGUGGAUUGUUGAUUCGUUCGAUACGUUAUUAAAUAAAUUAUUCACUGCACAGAAAACAAAAAAAUAAAUCCAAAUGAAAAUAAAGCAAAUAUCACGCCAAUAGCUUAUUUAAAAAUUUCCCUACAGCAUUACUAAGGAUAAAUGUAUGUAUAUAGAUUGGUCGACAGAUAAAAAGUUCCAAAAUGUGCAAUUAACUUUUUUAAAUCAUAGCAAAAUAAAACACUUUACAAACUAAA